GCCGACACGGCCUUAACCGCUAUGGGUCGUACGCUCCGGACUUGCGCGAGCGCGUAUCUCAAAAACGUCAGACAUUCCUCUACAGGAUGUCCCUUUUCAAAAAGGCAACGCUCCCAAAUCGCUCCCACUGCCGAAAUGACCGAGGAGAUUUUCUCAAAUGCCAAACCUUAUUCGGAAGUCCCUGGGCCUAAACCUAUACCUUUGUUAGGGAACACCUGGAGGAUGGUACCUGUCAUUGGCCAGUACGAUAUAUCAGAGUUCGCUAAGGUGACAAAGACCUUCUUUGAGAAGUAUGGCAGGAUUGUAAGGUUAGGGGGUUUGAUCGGGAGACCGGACCUGUUGUUCGUGUACGAUGCUGACGAGAUCGAGAGGAUAUAUAGAAGGGAAGGGCCGACGCCGUUCAGGCCAUCGAUGCCUUGUUUAGUAAAAUACAAGUCGGAGGUGCGCAGAGAUUUCUUUGGAGAGCUUCCUGGCGUGGUCGGUGUACACGGUGAGAAAUGGCGUAAAUUCCGUUCGAAAGUCCAGCGGCCGAUCCUCCAGCCGCAGACCGUGAAGAGGUACGUCACCCCCAUAGAGAUGGUGACGGAGGACUUCAUUAAAUACAUGGAAGAUGCGAGAGACGAGAACGGCGAUCUACCCAUGGAGUUUGACAAUGAUAUACACCGAUGGUCUCUUGAAUGUAUCGGUCGUGUCGCGCUCGACGUUCGGCUGGGCUGCCUCUCGUCGGAGCUGAGCAGUGACUCGGAGCCGCAGCGUAUUAUAGACGCUGCUAAAUACGCGUUGCGGAAUGUCGCCGUACUAGAGCUAAAGGCACCGUACUGGCGAUACUUUCCGACUCCGCUCUGGACUAAAUACGUGAAUAACAUGAACUUUUUCGUCGAACUUUGUUCGAAAUACAUCAACGAGGCUUUGGAGAGGCUGAAAACUAAAAAAGUUACGUCAGAGAAUGAUUUGUCAUUACUAGAACGUGUACUCAAGAGUGAAGGAGAUCCAAAAAUUGCAACGAUCAUGGCGCUCGACCUGAUUUUAGUCGGAAUUGAUACGAUAUCCAUGGCAGUCUGCUCUAUUCUCUAUCAGACAACACAAAGAUUGAAACAGCAGGAGAAGAUGGCGGAAGAGAUAAAGAGGGUGUUUCCUGAUCCCGACAAGCCUAUCACCUACGCGGACUUGGACAAGUUGCAUUACACGAAGGCUUUCGUAAGAGAAGUAUUUAGAAUGUAUUCGACGGUAAUCGGCAACGGUAGAACAUUACAAGAGGAUGACGUGAUUUGUGGAUAUCAUAUUCCAAAAGGAGUUCAAGUGGUGUUCCCAACCAUUGUAACCGGAAACAUGGAACAGUUCGUCUCCAAUCCCGAGGAGUUCAGGCCGGAGCGGUGGCUGCAGGGCGAUGGCCGCUUGCAUCCGUUCGCUUCGUUGCCGUACGGGUUCGGUGCCAGGAUCUGUCUGGGAAGACGGUUUGCGGACUUGGAAAUACAAGUGUUAUUGGCGAAGUUGCUCCGUCGGUAUCGGCUGGAAUACCACCACGAGCCGCUUGACUACGCUGUCACGUUCAUGUACGCGCCGGACGGACCGCUGCGUCUGCGCAUGAUUCAACGAUAACCGUUUAAAUGUUAAAAUUAUCUAACAGAUAAAUAGAUAACACUUUGUUGUAAACACG